AUGGAUAUCUGGUUACAAUCUAUGUAUGUGUCAAAGAUAUUAAAGCAGAUACUUAAAUGGUCUGGUAGUUUAAGGCAUUUUCAUUCAUUCACCGUUCAGAAAGGGAAAAUUGCAAAUAGUAAAAUUUCUGUCAAUCUAGCAUUUUUACAAUCAAAACAAACACUUGUUGACUUUCGUUUGACAACCAGUCGUUUGCAAGCUAUUGACUUAACAUUGGACUACUUUCAAUCUUUGAAAGUACAUAAGUGGAUAACAUCAGGUUUUUGA